CGAGACCCAAAAGAGCUUCUUGAAUUUAUUGUUCACUAUGGAGAUGAGAAUGUCUUCCCGAACCUUCGGAUUGCGGUCCAGAUAAUGCUUACGAUCGCGGUUUCAAUUGCCAGCUGUGAGCGGUCAUUUAGCAAGCUAAAGCUGAUACUUUCGUAUUUAAGAGCAUCAAUGGGCCAGGACAGGCUUUCCGAGCUUGCUGUCCUAAGUGUGUAACGAGAAGAAACAGAACAAAUUGAUUUCAGUGACAUUAUCGACAAAUUUGCAGCAGCAAAAGCUAGAAAGGCUAUCAUGUGACGUUAGUGGGCCAUCUGCAUGUGUAGUAGUUCUGUGGAUUUCAUUAAAGUAUUUACAAAACAUGACCAACUGUGUCCUCGAUAUGUGCCUGAACAGGGGCGCAGACUAACUGGUUGCCAUGGGCGCAGGUAGCUCUAGAUACGCCACUGCGUGCAUGCUGGGAUUGGUCCACUGAACCCUAUGUUCAAGUCUGGAAUUGAGGGGGGUCCGGACCCCUGAACCUCCCCCUCCCCCAGAUCCGCGCCUGCCUAGGGCCCCUCGAAGCCGCCCUCCUAACAAGGGCUCUUACAUAAUCCCAACUUUGCCCUGCCGUUUCCAGGUUCUGGCUACCAUAUCAUGUGUGAUGACGGCUAUACCAUUAAGAGUAGAGAUAAGGGCACUUUCGGUCCGAACUUUUCAUAUGUAUACAUUUUGUGUCACAAAUGGAAUGGCAAACUCAUCAACCCAUUCCACGUGAUUGCAAGUACAACCGUGCAUUGGAUCAAUUCAGACUGCGAGCCACUUUUGGCUAUACAGACCGAGGGAAAGUGGAAAUCGCUGUGUGUAAGGACUCUCCCAAAAGAGAGAUAGAUAGAAUAGGUAUAUAGAUGGCCAGCACCUGGAUGUGCUCAUAUCUUAACUAAAAUAAAAUAUCUAUGCCUUUGUCACAACCGCACAAAACAGAUAAGGCUCAGUUGUUGCAUUCCCAAGUUUUCUGACAUUUGUUUAAAACAGCAUAUCCAACGGAGCGGCGUAACGUGGGUUCCCAGCGCCUGGAGCGAAAUGAGUAGUAUAUCCCCCCCACCCAAACAUGCUCGGUUGAUUCAUGCCUCAGCCACGGCCAGCGAUCGAGGGACCGUGCCUCAGCAGACAUUUCCCGGAAAUUAGAAACCGAAACAGCACACGACUCCUGCACAUCAAAAGAGCCUGUAUCAAACAAACAAAGUACAAACCAAGUGGUGUUUUUGCAGCAUGAACAGCUAAGCCUGCAAGAUCCCCAGUGAUGCCAGUGACACCCCACAAACAACCCAUCGGAUGUGUUAUCCUCUUUUAUCUGUUAUUUUUCCCAGUUUCUUAGACAACUUGUCUAGGUGUUCGCUUGUGGUAUCUGCCUUUUGUUCGGAUACCUGCCCAGUUUCGAAAGGGAUUAAGCAAAUCUGAACCUGAACAUUCACUUUGAGAAUAUGCGCUGCUGUCUCAACGCUGAAGCACACAGGAUGCAAAUUUACUCCGGCGUGGUAUAUCAAAACUCGCUUCAAUCGCCCUUUGUGCCAUUAAACCCAUAAUCGCUAAUCACUUCAAUCGCCUCUGUCUUUGAUGCUCCCAGAAGGUCGUUCCAAUAGCGCACAAUGUGAAAAAAAAUUGGAUUUUGUCAAGUGAUAAACAUUUUCACUGCUUCUAUUUCAAACUUUUCUCUCUGUCAAUAAUUUGCCCCCAAACAAAUCUUGCACCCGGGACGACCGCCCCUAGCCCCCCUCCACGCUACUCCACUGUCCAACGGUUCAGUCAUCUAACCAUAGGCACGAUGAAUCUCUCCACGGACAUCAUUUACACGGGAUUGCUGCUCCUCUGCGUCAUGAUGGGACACUUCUUAUACAUUAUUCAAAGUGCUGGCAUGCGACGAAACUUCUGUACAGUCUUUGGCAUCAUCUUAGUGGUCAUUGUAUCGGGGUGGCAUACGGUACACCCGUUAACAAUGACCGUCGUCAAUAGCCUCAUCGUUAUCUACGUGCCAGUCAGGUUUCGUACGAAAUUGAGUUUUGUCUUCUCCUUCGGAUAUCUCAUAUUCUUCAAAUACCUUAAAAUGUAUAACAUUCAAACACCUCCUGAUAUUACAAACUGCAUUCAGAUGAUGUUGACCCUCAAGAUGGCAGGUGUCUCAAUUGAGCUUGACAUCCUACGAGAGAAACGCUCAAACCAAAAAGACGAAAAGUCCAAGGUAUGGGAUUAUGAGGAAAAUGACAUGAAUCUUACCCCACUGGACAUCUUCCACUACGCUUUCUGCUAUGUAGGCGUACUGGUUGGCCCAUAUUACCGGUACAGAACGUACAGGGACUUUAUAAGGGCACCCUAUGCAACAUCCGUCAAUCGUAUGGCACAUUGUCUGGACCGUAUAAAAGUUGUGCCUCUCUACAUCGUCAUUUGGUUUCUCGUCAACAUGUAUACCCCAGCAGAUUAUAUAGGCCAGGAUUCGUUCUACCGUGACCACGGACUGAUCUACAGACUGCUCUACUUGUGGCCAGUCUUUCUGAGCUUCCGAAUGCGUCUCUACACCGGCUUCAUCUUGGGGGAAUGCGGGUGCAUAGCCGCGGGCAUGGGCCUCUACCCUUCUGCAGCCAAUGCCGCCCCCGGUGCUGGACCCACAAAUCUGCCUGCACUCGUGGCUGUGUGUGACAAGAAGAACUUUUCACGAGAAGAGUUUGACUACCGGACCGUUUACAAUGUUGACGAAAGUGGAUGUGAAAUCAGCGUUACAGUGCGUGACGGGAUCCGUCACUGGAACAACACGGUACAAUAUUGGCUGGCUGUCUAUUUCUACAAGCGACUGCCUUUCAACAGAGCAUUCAGGGGGGUUCUGACGAUGGUACUCAGCUCCAUAUGGCAUGGCCUGCAGCCCGGGUACUUUGUCUGCCUCGUAUCCGCAUCUGCGUUCUUGGUGGCUGACCGGCACCUAGAACUGUGGACGCAAAGAUUCCGCGGCGUGCGCUACGUUGUGAGCCGUCUGCUACUGUGGCUCCUCAAGACUGAAGCCUUCACGUACAUGUUGGCUGCAUUCUUGUUGCUGGACGGAGUGCGUGUGUGGCGCUAUUAUAGCCACGUGUACUUUGUGGGCCACCUUUAUGUCCUGCUCGUGAUCCUGUGGGGUCAGUUCUUACGAGACAGAUCGUAUGAUCCGCAAAAAAAGUGAAGUGUUGCUCCCAUAAUGUUUAUAGAAUUGUAAAGUAUUUGUACAAAUUCUGCAUGCUAUUAACCUGUGCCAAAGAUAACAUGGCAUACGAUCAUCAUUGUGUUCCUCUGGCCUUUUUACUGCCAUGUUACCCAGGUAGCCCCUUUAGCAGAGCCUGGUCAUUGAAGUGAUACUACAAGUAUUGUAUUGCCAUGUAGAGUAGUGUUUAUUGGGUGCAUUGAGUUGUGCAUUAAAUUGUGAAGAUAUGGAA